AUGUAUUUCACAUACGCCGCCGCCGCUGCGCUCUCUGCAGUGCUUCCUCUCGCCGCUGCGCAGACCUACACCGACUGCAACCCCCUCGACAAGACUUGCCCUGCUGAUACAGCCCUGAGCUCUUCUACUUUCUCUUCCGACUUCACUCAGGGCGAAUCUUCCUUCGCUGGAUGGACUGCCACUGCUAACAACGUCACCUUCGAUGAGAAUGGUGCUGCGUUCACUAUCAACCAGAGAGGCCAAGCUCCCACCAUCCAGACCAACUUCUACUUCUUCUUCGGUAGAGCUGAGGUUGUCAUGAAGGCUGCCAGCGGUACUGGUAUUGUCAGCAGUAUUGUCUUGGAGUCGGACGACCUGGACGAGGUUGACUGGGAAGCUCUGGGCGGUGACACUACCCAGAUUGAGACCAACUACUUCGGCAAGGGUGACACUACCACCUAUGACCGCGCUACCUGGGUUGGAAUCUCUUCUCCCCAGGAGAACUGGCACACUUACACCGUCGACUGGACCGAGACUGCUCUGAACUGGUACGUUGAUGGUAACCUGGUUCGCACUCUGGCAUACAACGACGCCUCCAGCGGCACUCGCUUCCCCCAGACCCCCAUGAACCUGAGAAUCGGUAUCUGGGCCGGUGGUGACUCCGACAACGCCCCUGGAACCAUCGAAUGGGCUGGUGGUGAGACCGACUACAGCCAGGCUCCCUUCACCAUGUACGUCAAGUCUGUUUCGAUCACCAACAACAACCCGGGCUGCAGCUACACCUACGGCGACAAGACCGGUAGCUACAGCAGCAUUGUUGUGAACAAGGACGGUUGCGACGUCACCGGUGGCGCUUCCUCCUCUGCUCCUGCCUCUUCCUCCACCACCUCCGCCGCUGCCUCUUCU